AUGUACAAACAACUGGCCAGGGCAACUCAAGCCAGUUGGGGUCUACAGCCGGAAAUCAUAAGGAAUAUCUACACGGCAGCAGUAGAGCCUACGACACUGUACGCAGCGAGUGCAUGGGCGCCAGCCUCAAACAAAUUAGGGGUCAAAAAACAGUUAAACGUGGUCCAAAGAGGGUUUGCGCAAAAGUUGUGCAAAGCCUACCGCACGGUCUCCCUAAACUCAGCACUGUUGCUCGCUGGGAUACUCCCUCUAGACAUCCGGAUAAGGGAAGCUGCUUCACUUUACGAAGCGAAGGGGGAAGUGCCCCAGCCAACACUGGGAGAUAGGGAGAUCGAGUGGAUGGCCUCAGCCCUUGAAGCCCCUCACCCCGCAGAAUUGGUGACACUGCAGUACGACAGCAUAGUGGACGAGGAGGAAUAUAGAAACCGAAGGGAGGAGUUUGCUGUGCGCAUAUUUACCGACGGCAGUAAGAUCCAGGGCAAGGUCGGCGCGGCGUUAUCUUUGUGGGAUAGCACCACCGAAACAAAGGCUCUUAAACUUACUUUGCCGUCAUACUGCACCGUCUACCAGGCUGAAUUGUUGGCACUGCAGAAAGCGGCAACUGAAGCGCUCAAACGCCGGGAGAACACAUUCGGCAUCUUCAGCGACUCUAUGGCGGCCCUGCAGACAGUCAUCAACGUCAGUGCCCCCCAUCCUCUAGCAGUGGAAACAAGGGACACCAUACGCCGCUGCAAGCUCCAGAACAAGAGUGUCUCCUUGUUCUGGAUAAAGGCCCACGCAGGAUUGGAGGGCAAUGAACGAGCUGAUCAACUCGCAAAGGAAGCCGCCCUGAAGUCGAAGAAGAAGCCGGAUUACGACCUGUACCCCAUCUCAUUCGUCAAUCGGCAGAUACGUAUGAGGUCGCUUGACGAAUGGAAUGGGAAAUAUAAAGCCGGAGAAGCAGUCUCCGGUACGAAACUGUUUUUCCCCGACGCAAUAUCCGCGUAA